AUGUUAUUGGAUAAGAAACCAGGUGGUCUUACACUAGUAUAUGGCCCUGCAUAUGUGGUUAUGGGGUUUCCCAUAGUUUGCAUAUUAUUUGAUAUUGCUAUACUAGCUCCUACAUGGGUGUUUGCCAAUGGACCUGGAUUUUGUUCAUUACUUAUUGGUAUCGACGUGCUCACGGUUGUCGACACUUACUGGUAUACUCCCAUUAUGCCCUUGCCCUUGCCCCAGGGCAUCUUUCAAGCCUUCCAAGAACGGUUAACACGACUGUUACCACGUUCUACGUGCGUAUGGCGAUUUUCUUCUAUUGUUUCCCCACGUUCCCAUGAUUUUUGGCUCUUCCAUAACUUAGAAGCUGCUUUCCAUGCGUGCGUUUUGACUAUUUUCCUUCAAGGUUUAGCAGAGUGA